UGCUCUGCUUGCGCUUGCUUGAGCGCCCAGGGCAUGGCACAUGAAAGGCAUUGGUGCGCGAUCCAAUUGUCAUGGAAGGUUAUCCACCGUAUGUACGAAGUAGUGGGGUGUCUCUGGGCGCUGACCAGGGGGGAGAGGGAGGUCUCAGGGGGUUGAUGCCGUGUGCCGUGGCAAGUAGAUGAGGUACCUCGGAGUUGCAUGAUGGCAUGCAUAUCGAUAUGAACAGACACACACCAGAGCGCCAAACGGGCAUCGCGUUGCUGGGCAUGACCCGGCGGCUGGAAACAGGAACAAAAAGGCACACCCACCAGGCGUCCGGAAAGAUGGGGGGCGCCUCGGCGAUGGGAACGCCAAGCAUCGGGGAUCGAGGAAAUCAGCCAAAAACCAGGGACGGGGAUGACCGGUCAGCCGGCGUGCCCAAGCACUCCAAGGACUCGAAGAAGGGCACCAAAAGGACGCCACAUGCGCCGUUGAAACGCUCGUCGACCUGUGAACCGACGGGGGAGAAAGCGUGGGCGAAGUGGAUGAGCUCGCGGUCGAGAGAAAAUGAUUGGGUGACAGGAAACGUCCCCGUUAAUCCGGGGCUCCCAGUUGCUCGCGGUCGAGUCCUUGGCCCGCUCUCGACUACCAGCCGGCGAUGUGUGGGGCCGGUCUCAUGCGGGCGACGGCGGGUGACUGGCGGGUUCCCUCGUUCACCAGGCUUCGAGAAGGGGAGCGGGGCCGUUGCGCUAGCCAAUCUUGGGGUGUGUUCGGGGGGAAGCGACGACGCUAACCCGAGUCUUGCGGGCUGCCGUUCCCUGCAUGCGGCUCCCCUCGUCUGGCCUCUCACAGACGAGGCCGGCGAAGGUCUUUGCUGCGAAGGUUUGCGAACAUCGCAUUACCCGUCUUGGCGUACAUUUAGCCUAAAAAUCUCGGCUGUUGAGAGGACAAGGGUGGCUGGCGCGAGCUGGACUCCUGGACCGAGCUCUCAGGCCCAGCUCGAACUCAGCCUGCAGAGUUCUAGGGUGUCCUCGGACAUCUCCAUGCCUCAAAGGGGAUAUGUUAGCUGAUUCGGAAGGCAUCGGGGCCGGGCUGGUGGAUCUGGCCAGGCGCGCUCUGCCGAGGCGACACCUGAUCUCAUGACGCUUCUGUUUUCUUCCUUUUCGCCAAGCUGACGACUGCGGGUCUGGAUUUCGGAUCCUCCUCAUG